AUGUUAUUUUGUUUUCGCCACCGCCAAAAUAUUGUGCAUCUUGCAGCUGCCGCAUCAAAAAACCUCCGAGGGGAUAUCGAAAUACUUGGAGCCAAAAUCUCAAAGGCGAAGCUGUGUAAAAGGAAGAAUGAUUGUGACACCGAAGAGAAGUGGGUUAUGUGUGAUAAAUGCAAUGGCUGGCAGCACCAAAUUUGUGGUCUGUACAAUGAGAAAAUGGACCCGGAAGGCAAAGCUCCUUACAUCUGUCCCAACUGUUUGUUAGAGGAACGACGGAGUGUUUGCACAGAUUUGAAGUCUGAUAUGAAAUUUGAAGCAAAAGAUCUCCCCUGCACCAACCUCAGCAACUACAUAGAACAUAGGCUUUUCAGGAGUCUUGGUCAAGAACGAGAAGAGACUGCAAAGGCGACCGGGAAGAGCAUUGACGAAGUUCCAGGUCCAGAAGAUCUUGUUGUCAGAGUGGUUUUAUCCGUAGACAAAGAUCUGAAAGUCAAUAAACAGUAUGCAGAUAUCUUUCACGACGAAGAGUAUCCAACCGAGUUUCCGUACAGAUCAAAGGCUAUUCUUUUGUUUCAGAAGAUUGAAGGUGUGGAUGUGUGCAUCUAUGGUUUCUAUGUCCAGGAGUAUGGAUCUGAAUGCCGCCAACCCAACCAACGUUGCGUAUACAUAUCAUAUCUCGAUUCCGUCAAGUACUUCAGGCCUGAGAGAGUGACAACCACCGGAGAGUCUCUCCGGACUUUCGUAUAUCACCAAAUAUUGCUUGCAUAUCUUAAAUACAUUAAGAAUCGGGGUUUCGCUACGUGCUAUUUAUGGGCAUCUCCACCUAUAAAAGGAGAGGAUUAUAUUUUGUACUGCCAUCCAGGGAAUCAAAAAACUCCAAAGGCUGAUAAGCUUCGACAAUGGUAUCACUCAAUGCUGAAAAAAUCUGCCAAAGAGGGGGUGAUACUAAACGUCACAAACUUGUACGAGCGAUACUUUGUUCUCACAGAGCAAUCCGCUUGCAAGAUCACUGCUUCCCGAUUGCCCUACUUUGAUGGAGCUUACUGGUCUUCUACGGCUGAGAAGUUCAUCCAACAAAUUGAGAAAGGAGGAAAAGACGAAUUGAAGAAGAAGAUCAAAUUAGUGACACACAGAAGGCUAAGAGCUUUUGGACACCACAUUCCUCCUAAAAAUGCUGCUAAAGAUAUUAUAGUGAUGCAGAAGCUGGAUGAAAUCAUGCUACCUGUUAAGGAGGAAUUCAUGGUGGUCCAACUGCACUACUCGUGCGCACAUUGCUCUCAGGCCUUAAUAUCUGGAUGGCGUUGGUUUUGUAAAACGUGCAAAAAUGUUCAAUUGUGUGAAAGAUGCCAUGAUGCAGAGCAAAAGAUUAGCGGGGAAGACACGCAUAUUGCAAAUGGAAAGGAGAAACAUUUCCUCUCGAAAGUGAUGAUGAAUGAUAUACCAUCUACCACGGAGGAUACGGACAUUAUUCUGGAGAGUGAUGUGUUUGAAGACAGAAAUGGGUUCCUGGAACUUUGUCAGAAGAAUAAUUACCAAUUUGACACGCUUCGACGGGCCAAGUAUUCAUCAAUGAUGAUACUGUACCAUCUUCACAGUCAAAAUGAGCAGAUGAUAUCUCAGCAAAACGGUUCCGCCAAGGUCAUUUGCACCCUCUGCAACGGCGAUAUUACAACCGAGCUUCACCAUCCCUGUUUGAUUUGCUCGAAGUACAAAGUUUGCAUGAGAUGCUAUAGCGAAAGAAUUACCAAGUCGGCUAUUCAUCUCUUAGCUGAAAACCCUUCAGCCCACGGGAGACGGGCCGAAGAUGCUGACCCGAAACUUGCCUCGGUCACCGAGACACUGAAUGCUCUGCGGCAUGCCGUUCAAUGCCAGGCGACAAAUGGUACUUGUUCAUUCCCCAAGUGCAUUACGGUGAAAGAGUUGUUCAGGCAUGGAUCGAAGUGCGAAGUCCGGGCAAAAGGAGGUUGCCAGCCUUGCAUAAAGGUGUGUCUGAUACUUGGGCUGCACGCAAGCCAUUGCGAGGAACCCUCCAAUUGCAGAGUACCAUUCUGCGGAGAUAUGAAAGAGAGCGGGAACAUUCAGACACAGUAA